AAGUAAACGUCAAAAUGGUAAAAUGGAAAAAAAUUUUAUAUGAAAAUCAAGGAUUUUCCGAUAAUUAUACCGAUAAAACCUUUUUAAAAGAUUUACGCAAAAAUGUAAAUUCACAAGAAAUCGCUUUAAAAGAUUGUUUAUUAGGAGCAAGUUAUUUGAUACAAGAACUUUCGAUAGUGGUCAGUUUUGUAUUGAUUUACGUGUUUUUAUAUAAUAAUUGGUUACCGGCAAAUACGGUAUUAUUAACGGCAAUAGCAACGAUUUUAUUGGGAUUUGUUUUGUAUAGGAAAGCGAUAAAACCAGAAACAUUCCGAAGUGCCUUUACAAGCAUUAGAACAUUCAUAAUCUUUUUUAUAUUUGCUUAUUUCUUUUCACCCGUUUUAUACACGUUAACCGUUACAAUAAGUACAGAUACGAUUUACACAAGUACUUUUUAUAUGAUGCUUAUUCAUUUAAUAUUUUUCGAUUAUGGAGUAGCUGCAGCAAUCGUUUCUAAUAGUUUAUCGAUAAGCGCCGCAAUGUUCGCCUCGAUAUGUUUAGCUUCACGAUUACAAUCAUCUUACCACUCCUUAGUUCUUAUUACUAUCGCUAUUGAAUGCUUUAUAUUAUCUCCGAUUUUGCGCAAGAGUUACUCAACUUACAAAAUAACCCCUUUAUUAAUUUUAGGAAUAAUAUUAGUUUUAUUUAAUAUAUGUACGGUUUGUUUAGUUUUAUACACAUUCGUUUUGAUAUUUAUUUGUUUAAUAUGCCCAAUGUUAUUUACGAAAUACCAAAAUUAUAAAAGAAACAUUUACGGUCCAUGGGACGAGGCAAUAAUAGAUAACGCAGCGCAUAUUAAUGAUCUUAUUUAUUCAUAGAAAAAAGUGUUAACAAUACUAUUUUUUAAGAAAUUGUAUACAAACGUGUAAAAAUAAAUGUAUUCUUGUUAUCAUUUAACGGGUACAAAUUGUA